AGCUCAGUAGAAGGCAGCCAGUUACGCUACUGUUCGGACGAAUUUCUCCCUUCGCACAUUUUUUUUGGGAAUAAAUUUCAAUUUUUCAUUUCUUUUGUACGGGCUUAAAAAUCAUUAAAUAGCCCAAGUGCUGUCGAAUCAUUUUCGGGCCCGCCAAUCAAGUGCAUUCACUUUGCGUUGUGUUUAUAAAUUUAUGUUUACUUGAAUUUCAUUUGGACACCACAAAAUGACAUCGAUCGAAUCGAAACGAGUGCAAUAUCGAAAGUAUCUGGAACGUGCCGGGGUCAUCGAUGCCCUGAGCAAGGCUCUGAUCAAGCUUUACGAGGAGCAGAACAAGCCGGAGGAUGCCAUCCGCUUUGUGCGCAAGUUCAUGUGCGAGAGCUGCCCGGAUGAUGCCCAGUACGAUGUGAUGAAGAAUGACCUGGAGGAGGCCAAGACGCACAUCUCGAAGCUGGAGCAGGAGCUCGAGCGACUUCGCGGCCAAAUCAAGAAGUCACCGGAGGAGUACCAGGAGCUCACCACAGAGGGCUACAAAUCGCUUAUGGACGAUGAGGAGAACGUUGCCUCGCUGCUGCGCAAAUACCUUACUCCAGAACUUUUGGAGGAGUACAUGCUGGUCACCACUCCUGCGCCAGUGGACGCGUACCUAUACGACUGCGCUGUGGCCGGAUUUGAGCACCAUGAGGCUCCCGUGGGAGUUUACGCGGCGGAUGCCGACAGCUACGACGUCUUCAACAAGCUCUUUGACCCGAUCAUUAUGGACUUCCAUGGUCAGAUGGACAACGAGAGCGAUGUGCUGCAGAAGGAUCCAGACUUUGGCAACGUGGAUGAGAUCGAGAAUCUCGAUCCGGAGCGCAAGUACAUCAUGUCCGCGCGAAUCCGAUUGGUUCGCAACAUCGAGGGACUGCCAUUCUUCCCGAAGCUUACCGAGAAGCAGUUUAUCGAGGUGGAGGAGAAGGUGCGCUCCGCCACGGAGACCAUGGAUGGCGAGCUAAUUGGCUCUUACUUGACGAUGGGGGACAUCGAUGCCGAGACCCAAGCCGAAAUGGUGAAGCGUCAUAUACUCUUCCAGCGGGGCGACCCACAGCUGACCACCGCCGGCUGCUAUCGCUUCUGGCCGACGGGUCGCGGUGUCUACCAUAAUCCCGCCGAGACCUUCGUGAUUUGGGUGAACCGACAGGAUCAUGUGCAGAUUAUGUCGAUGGCGCAGUGCGGCGACUUGGGCGAUGUCUACAAUCGCCUGGUCAACGGUCUGUCGGAGCUGGAGAAGACGCUGACCUUUGCGCGCCAUCCUCGUUAUGGAAACCUUUCGGCCUGCCCCACCAAUCUGGGCACCACCCUGCGUGCCUCGGUGCACAUCCGCCUGCCGCUGCUCAGCAAGGAUCCCGACCGUCUGCUCGCCCUUGCCGAAGAGCUGCAGCUGCAGGUGCGCAGCACGGAUGGCGGCGAACUGGUCAACGUCGAAGAUGGCGUUAUGGACGUAUCCAAUAAGCGAAAGCUCGGCUUCACCGAGUUCGAACUGGUCAAAACCCUGCAGGAUGGCGUUGUGGCACUGAUCAAUGCCGAGGAGGAGCUCGAAAUAGCUGGACAGGAGGGUUAGAGCAACACAUUGCACCACACAUUUUUGACAGCCCGUGAACGUACCCAUAUCAAUAUUACCCACAAGUACAGACAGACGAUAGAUAAACAGGAGCAACGAAUCUUUGGUUAAAUAAAUUUGUGCCGUAGUCCCAACGAA